AUGACGGCUGCAUCGUUCAUCACUGCCGAAGCAUAUAGAAAUGGAGGUGUAUCAAAGCGACGAUCGGUUCAAGGUAGUAACUCCGAUGUUAUCACGCUGGAAACGAAGAACCAGGUCCAUAAGCAAAGCGAGCACUAUUGCCUGUCCAAAGAUCUCGAUUCCAUGAUCCUACUGUGGCAAAGUGCAAGAUGUGCGAAGAUCCUAUGCCGUCAACAGAUCAUGUCAUUGCACGAGCUGCCUAAGAAUGGAAUGGUAUGUUUCUGUCCUAUCAGUGGUUUCAAGGUCAGACAAUAUAAUACUUUGUCCAAAAAUGGUUCUGUCUGGAUUGCGCAGGUUGAAGACGGACGAGGUUGA